AUGGAUCAAAACUUCACUGGGAUGGCCCACCUGCAGAACCUUUCGGCAAGGCAGCUCGCUCAGCUGACCUUAACCGAGGAGGUGUUCAGCUCCGUGGCCAAUGUGGAUCGCGUCUUCCAUAGACUCGCUCGGUUGUCCACUCUGGAAGAUCUGGCAGCGAUCUCUGGGAUCAACAGGGGCUUCUCUGAAAUCCCCGAGGAAGGGAAGAGAGACAUUUUGAACUACAUGGUGUCCUUUCUAAGCCAGAAAUCUAAAACCACUGGUCCAGCCUGCUCAGCCCAAGUCACAACAAGAAACUGGCUCCUCCAGUUCUUUGGGAAGUUCUCUGAAGAGGCACUGUACACUCAGCUGGUCUCCUGCUACCAUCAAGCUUUUGAUGCACCACAGUGGACAGGGCUGGAGACUUCCCUGGCCCCGUCUGCGGCGGAUGACAGUGGCGGUGGAAAUGCAGGGAAAUGCCUGCGAGCCUCUGCUGGGCGCUCGCUGUCAGCCGCUGUGGACGGGGCCGGAGAGCAGAGACUUCCCUGGCUCUGUCUGCAGUGGAUGGCACACAAGAUCUCAGUCCUCCCAAACUCAGAAGUUGCCCAGCUGUUCUUGGCUAACUAUCUAGCACUCAGGUCUUCUCAACUGGAAGCCUACACUGCAGGGGACUGGAAUGCCACCUUCCACGAGGAGCUGCGCUUUCUCUGCCCAGUCAUCAGUGCAACGACUCUUGCUUACAUCGUCCCCCGAGACUUUAAAUCCCUGAGCACCAUCGUUGCCAGGCUUAGUGAAGCACACCCACAUAUGACAGAAUCUUCUAGAAGAGCUGUUGUGCUCUGGAUCGUACAGAACUUUGAAGUCCUAAAAGGAAACCAAAUUGAUUCCAUUGCUGAGUGGAUUCAGGCUGUCUGGGGCUCCUUUUUCCUUGAUGCCACCUUAGAAGAAGUGAAAUCCAUGAAUGAAAACUUCAGUCCUUCUUCUGCCUUGGGAUUCCUGAGCAUCAGUCAGUUGAUGGAGUUCGUCAAGACUUCAGAUGCGCCAACCAACGUGACCGAAAUGAGGAUCAUUCUGUCAAGUCUGAAGACAGAACGCUCUGAAAUUCCACUUCCUAAGAUGCAUGAAUUCCUGACACGUUUCAAUCAGGCUAUUGAACAAAACAAAGUGAUCAUAACAGAGGAAGUGAGGUUGGAGAUACUGAGCACCGUUUUUACCAAUCUGGCACGCCAUUUUAGAACAUUCACUGCGCUGGACUACGGGGCCUGGUUCUCAAAGCUAAAACUCUUCUUGCCUAGCAUAAAUAAAGAUCUCCUCCAAAUGAUCCCACUAGACCUCAGCUUCCUCUCAUAUACCCCUAUCAUCAGAGGUCUGGACCACGUCUACCCAGACUUACCCCAAGAGGCUUCCAGUGAGAUCUAUCUGUUUAUGAAGCAAAUCCUGGAACUCCAAGUCAAUAUCUCAGGAACUGCAUUUCCUGGCACUUACAAGGACAGCCAAAGCUUCUUGCAGUCGGUCUUUUACCGAUUUGUACGUUUCGCUAAGUAUGCUGACUUCCUCACAUUUUACAAAGACUUUAAUGGGUAUGAUGUCCUUCCCUUGCUGACAACAAAGCAAAUGGGAGAGAUGAUGAUUCUGACCAAUGCUAUCAAGCACGAACUCUUGGCAGUCCAGAUCUUGGUGGAGUUGGAGAAACGGCCCCCAGCCGAAGUGAAGGGCUUCACACUGGAGUUCAAUGCUGUGGCACGUGAGAAGCGCCUGACCCUCCUCCCUGACCUCCGGAUCUGCAGCUUAAUCCUGGAGACACUUUUCAAGUUGCUGCAGUUCCACACUUUUUCUGCUGAGCAAUAUGCCUUCUGGUUUGGGGUUCAGCUCCAGCCCUUCUUGUCGGCUCUCUCCCCCAAGCACCUGCACCAGAUUCCCCUUGACAUUGACUGCCCGUCUCACCAAAAUCUGGUGAAAGCCUUGGAGGAAGUCUACAUGAAGUACACAAUGGACCAGAAGAACGCCAUCCAUAAAAGGAUAUUGAACUAUCUGGAAUCUUACCAAAAGGAUGAAGGUGUCACGUGCUCUCCGAAUGCCAACAGCAGCCAGUGGCUACUCAGGAACUAUGGCCGUUUCAGAGCCUUGGCAAGCAUCUCAGAGUUUUCGUCCCUGAAUGUGAAUUUUAAUAGAAUUUCAGCAAUAGGAGAACUAUUCCCAAGACAACUGGCCGAUGUUGUGGCAAGCUCAGGAGCGUUGGCUGAUGGCAACCUCCUCAAAGAGAUCAUGAGCCAUGUGGGCACUUUGGAAGACAUUGCUGAAUUCCUGGACAAGCUGAACAUCAUUGCUCCGGUGGAAUUGCAAAGCAGCACACAUGCAAGUUCUGUUUUAAGCCACGCCUUCCGAACGAUAGCAGCACACUUUCCAGGAUUCAAGGCCAGCGACUUCACUUACUGGUUCCAAGGGGCCUUCCAAAACGUGCUACACACUGUGAACGAAACGCUUGUGGCCCAGAUCCCGCUCAGGUUAUCAUGUGGCUCUUACCAGCAAAUACUGAAGGGCUUCAACAAUGUCUAUGCAAACAUGCCAGCCAAGAGCAGUCUGAACAUUUUCAAAUUUUGCAAGGCAUUUCUGGCGUCAAAGAUCAAAUCAGGCAUAGCGUGUGGAUACCCAACCCGGAGCAUUCCUGACUGGCUGGAAAUCAACCUUGGCAACUUCAGCAGAUACGCAGAAUACCAGGACCUGACCAGCUGGAACCUCCAUUUUGACGGAAUGGCUGUACUGCAGAGUUUGUCUCCACCACAACUAGCAUCUCUCACUCUUCAAUCUGAUGCCAUCAGUGAGGAGGAGGAGAUGUUCCAGAUUCUUGCAAGACUAGAGAACAAACCGCUGGAAGUGAUCUAUCAGUAUUUGGACCAAUUCAAUGUGGAGGCCCGGAAGUUUGCAAUAACAUCCCUUAAAGAGGAAGUCAUACGGGAAAAGAUGCUCUCUCGGUUUAUGGGGGUGAUUGGAGCUGGUUUCUCAGCAUUUAGACCUGGAAACUGGACUUACUUGCUGUCCACAAGAUUAGCACUAUUUCUGCCCAGUGUUGGCGAAAAAGAAUCCAAACAGAUUCUCUCUCAUGUUUCUGACUGUGACAGUUUCAGAGCCGUCGUGUCCUCUCUAAGCCAAGUUUAUUCUGCCAUCCCAGCAACCAACCAAGAAAGCAUCUACAGGUCUUUCUUUGCUUUCCUGGAAAGCCAGCAGAGCACAACAGGGUCAGCCUGUGCCUCCAAAACCAGGGGAACAGAGAGUUGGUUGCAGGAUAAUUUGGGGGCGUUUGCAGCCAAGGCUCCUUAUGAUGAUUUUGCAAAGCUGAUUGCCGAUUUUAACGGGUUUGAGGUAAGGGAUAAUCUCACCUCCGCCCAACUGGCUCACGCCUUCUUUGAGUCAGGAAUUCUGGAUUCUCCUGUUGCAGUCGGUGCCCUCCUCAUACCAUUGGAGAGCAGGCCUCUCGAGGAGAUCGUUCCUUUUGUGGAGGAAUUUACAGCAGUUGCCUCUCAGCGUGGCAUAAUGUUCCUGGCAAACCUAGAGGUGAGGGAUAGGAUGUUCCAUGCUGUCUUCAGCAAAGUAUUGAGUUUGCUUACCACCGCUAGCAUCUCCCAGUACAAAGACUGGUUCCAGGACAAGCUGAACUUGUGGCUGCCCAGCAUCAACGCCUCCACCCUCGACAGUCUCCCCAGGACCAUUCCAUGUAGUGUCUUCAAAAUCAUAAUGGCUGGUUUGGAUGGUGCCUUCCAGCGUAUGUCCCUGAAAAGCCGUAAUGAUGUCUACGCCUUUGCCAAACACUAUCUGGCCACCAAGACCUCUCAAGGAGGUGAUCCUUGCACUGAGAACACCCCGGGAAGCUUAGGCUGGUUACGCUCCAACCUUGGAUCCUUCAGCUCCUUGGCCAGUUACAAAGACCUGAUUGACAUCUCUGCAGAGUUCCGUGCGAUGGAUGCCAGGGAGGGUCUCACACCAGCACAGUUGGCAGACUACACACUGGCCAGCGAUGUCUUGCGGGACAGGGAGAAAGCUGGAAAGAUCCUUGGCUCCCUCUCGGCAAACAAUAUCGGAGAGUUCAUGGAUGCCUUUAAUGCUGGUGCCAAGCAGAAGCAGCUCUCCCAACUGCCCCACCAGGAGACCAGGAGAUUCAUCCUGGGCGAGAUCUUCUGCCACUUGAGCAGCCUGUUCCCACUCUUCGCCACCAAGGACUACACAGUCUGGUUUGGGGAAAGGCUGUACCUCUUCCUGAGUAGUCUGGACACCCAGAACCUCGGCUUCAUUCCCAGUGACGUGUCAUGUGAUGCCCUUGCGACCAUAAUGGAUGCGUUGACUGACCAUCAUGUCAACAACACGUUUGAAAAUCCAGGCAACGUAGCGUCUUUCAUAAAGAGAGUUCUUCACUCCCAACUGCAGAAUUCAGGUUCUGCUUGUACUGUUGGUGCUUCCACCGACAGACAGUGGCUGACAAGGUUUUUUGGGCCAUUUGCUGCUUUCUGUUCAUACUCCGAUUUUGUGGAGCUGAAGAGUGACUUCCGUGGGCAAGAUUCCUUGGAUCUCUUCUCAGCAAACACCCUGGCUCAGCUGUCCACACAAAGCCACACUAUUUAUAGCAGACGAGCCAUGAUGCGUGUUUAUGAAGCCAUCCAAGAAAAGAAAGACUCGUUCCAGUUUCUUGCUGCAUACCUGGAUGAAUUCAACACCAUUGCACUGAAGAAUCACGGUUUGCUGAGCAACCCCAAAGUGCAACACACUAUGCUGAUGCUUACAGCAAACAUGCUCUUCCCCCAAAUCGACGCAGUUCUCCCAGAGGAGGCAGCCGCUUGGUUCCAGAAACUUGGCCUCCUGCUCCCGGGCAUCAACGGAACUAUGCUGGACCUGCUGCCCCACACCAUGCCGUGCCCUUAUUACCACAUCAUUGUGAAAGCUCUCGGUGAUGCCUAUUCAAAACUCUCCACCAGAAAGAGGCAGGAGGUGUAUAGAUUUCAGAAGGCUUACUUGGCCGCACAAUUUGCAGACUCAGGGUCAGCUUGUGACAGUGGAAACGCUGGGGUCCGAGGCUGGCUGAUGGAGAAUUUGGGAGACUUUUGCUCAGUGGCUAAACUAACCGAACUGCAAGCUUUUUACCCAGGUCUCAACGAAAUAGACAACCCUGCAGGACUCAGACCUAUGCAAGCAGCUGAUUUCACACUCCUUGGCCCAAUGUGCAACUCCGCCCUUGCCAGCAUGGCUGUUGGGCUGAUGAAGACCUUUGAAAACUACCAGUCUCUUCAUGAAUACCUGUACAGGCUUCAAAGUGUGCAUUGCCAGCACGAGUUCUUCAGCAAUGUCCUUUCCUUCCUCAAGAAACGAGGAAGCUCGAUGGACACAUCUCAGUGGGCGGACAUUGCCCAGUUUUUGCUCUCGGACUUGGUGCUGGCUCUGAACACAUCUCGCCAUUCCCAACCAGCCUCCAAUGGAACCUGCGAAACCUUCCAAGCUAUGUUCUCUUUCAGUUUCAAAGAGUCCCGGGGUGGCCGGGAAAACAAUACGUGCAAAUGUACAGUCUCUGAGGCUUCCUGA